UUUCAGAAGUAUAGAAACCCGGCAAGUGCAGAGAACGCCUCUUCCCUGAGAGGAUUAUUGGAACCGAGACUGGGAGAGGGUGGGAAACAUGAGUGAACGGAGCCCACUGCUUACCUAUCGGCUCAGCAGCCUGUCAGCAGAAGAAGAGCCCCAGAGUCAGAAUGGGAGCAAACACACUGGAAAGAGCCGAAAACUCUCCACCUUCCUUGGGGUGGUUGUACCCACCUUGCUGUCCAUGUUCAGUGUGGUGCUCUUCCUUCGCAUUGGAUUCGUGGUAGGACAAUCAGGCCUCUAUGAAACAGUGGGAAUACUUAUAUUGUCCUAUUUUAUCAUCAGUAUGACCGUUCUGUCGGUUUGUGCCAUUUCUACCAAUGGGGCACUGGAUGCGGGUGGAGCUUACUAUAUGAUCAGUCGAGCUCUGGGUCCUGAAUUUGGAGGUAGCAUUGGAAUUAUGUUUUUCUUCGCCAACGUGUGCGGCAGUGCUUUAUACAUUCUUGGUCUGGUGGAAGCUAUUGUGGAUAUGUUUGGCUUCUCACCAGAUCAUGCUGUGAAAAAUGGACUUCAUGUUCUUCCCAUAACAUACUGGUAUGAGUUUCUCUAUGGCACAGUUCUGCUUUUCAUCUGCCUUGUUGUGUGCCUGGUUGGCGCCAGUAUCUACGCCAAGGCCACCUUCAUCAUUUUCAUUGUGGUCAUGGUGGUUUUGAUCAGUGUCUUUAUUAGCUUCUUUGCUGUGAAAGAAACAGUAGUUCCACUUACAUUUUCACAAGGCAAUAUCACUGUUUCAAUCAAUGGAACAUUUACAGGCUUCAAGCUCGCCACCCUCAAGAACAAUCUCUACCCGGACUAUUCAGUUGAUUACACCACAGGAAGGAUGAUGAGUUUUACUAUAGUCUUUGCUGUGAUGUUCAACGGGUGCACAGGGAUAAUGGCUGGAUCAAAUAUGUCUGGGGACCUGAAGAACCCAAGCUUCUCAAUCCCUAGAGGAACAAUCACUGCUGUGAUCUUCACAUAUAUUAUCUACAAUUUGUUGUCCCUGAUGGUCUGUUGUACCUGUGAAAGAAACCUUCUGAAGUACAAUUAUGGCUUCUUACGGGACAUCAAUAUCUGGCAUCCUUUUGUCACCAUAGGAGUUUAUUGUUCCACCCUGUCAGCUUCAAUGAGUAAUCUAAUUGGAGCUUCACGUAUCCUCUAUGCUCUGGCAAAAGAUGAACUUUUUGGGAAACUCUUGAUGCCAGCAAAGAAGACAUCCCGUGGAGGAAAUCCCUGGGUAUCUGUAAUUAUGUCCUGGUUUCUCGUUCAGUUGGUGCUGUUUGCAGGAAAGCUAAACACUAUUGCUGCUAUUGUGACAAUUUUCUUCCUGUUGGUGUAUGCAGCAGUUGGACUAGCCUGUCUCGCAUUGGAAUGGGCAUCAGCUCCAAACUUCAGGCCCACAUUCCGCUACUUUACAUGGUAUACAUGUAUCCUGGGGAUCUUGGGUUGUUUAGUCAUGAUAUUCCUUAUUCAACCAAUCUAUGCCUCUGCAAGUGUGGUCUUCAUGUUGCUACUUCUCCUGUGUCUGCAUUAUCUAUCACCCAACCAAAGCUGGGGCUUCAUCAGUCAGGCCCUCAUCUUCCAUCAGGUGAGGAAGUACCUUCUCAUGCUGGAUGUGCGAAAGGAUCAUGUCAAGUUCUGGCGCCCCCAGAUUCUCCUGAUGGUCUCCAAUCCACACAACCACAAAAGUCUUAUCACAUUUGCAAAUGACUUGAAAAAGAGUGGACUAUUUGUACUGGGGCACGUAGAUCUGGAUGAACUUGAUGUACUGCCAUCAGAUCCUCUGCAAACACAGACAGACGCAUGGCUGCAGCUGGUGGAUGAACUCAACAUCAAGGCCUUUGUCAACCUGACUCUUUCUGACUCUGUGAGACAUGGUGUUCAGCAGCUGCUCUUCAUCUCUGGGCUGGGUGGAAUGAGGCCAAACACUGUCGUUCUUGGGUUCUACAGCCAAUCAGCUCCACAGGACUUGCAAAAGAAUGAACAAGAAUUGAACACAGAGGGUUCUUUUGUGUUUUCCUCAGGUGGCAGAAGGCCUUCUACAACAAACUUUUCACCCUGGGAAUAUGUGGCUAUUAUUUCAGAUACCAUCAAAAUGUCUAAAAAUGUGGUAUUAGCGAGAUACUUCUCUGAGUUUGACAAGUCUUCUGUGUGUAACUUUCGGGGGAAAGAAACAUACAUCGAUGUAUGGCCACUGAACCUUCUACGUCCAGACAGCACAGCUUACGUGGACACCAGCAGCUUGUUUUUAUUGCAAAUGGCUUCUGUGCUGAACAUGGUAAGGACUUGGAAAAAAGCUAAGCUGCGGCUGUUUCUGUGCGUUGAGGAAAACAGUGGCUUACAGGGCCAAGAGGUCAAACUCAAGCAGUUACUUAAAGACCUUCGCAUCAAGGCUUCCAUUUCUACAGUUGCAUGGGACACUGUAGUUGCUCUGCACUGGCACAAGCAAGUGACUGUAGACUCAGAAGAGGCAGAGGAGGGCUACCUGAACUUUCCCAAUAACUCUCUACGGGUUUCUGAAGAAUAUUUGGAGGCUGUAAACCAAAUGAUUUUGAUGCAGAACCCCAUGUCUCCUCCAGCUGUGAGAUUUCUUUACCUCCCACGUCCUCCAGCAGACACAACAGUGUACAGAAGGUUUCUUCACCAGCUCGAGACAGUAACCCGAAACUUAGGUCCCACUUUGCUCAUCCAUGGAGUUACUGCUGUCACAAGCACUGAAUUAUAAAAAGUCAGGAAAUUGCAUUAUAUAUAUGUAAACUGCUGCAGACUGAGGACUUACCAAAGAGGACCAAACUGGAAAUGCCUUGAUUAUACAAGCAUGUCUGCUAUAUGAUAUCAGCUUGUUAAACUUCACUUUAGAAACCAUCGAAGCAAGAAGCAGCAUAUAGUACAUUAUUCUUAUUGUAAGGGAUUAGCUAACUGAAAGUGGAUGUGAUUGGUUCAUGGACUGGGUUUUAUUCUGAAUAUUAGUUUACACAUAAUAAUAUUUCAUUCCUGUUUUCCUCUUUGCAAUCACAAUACGUUCCUUGAUUUUAUUUAAAGCAUUUACUUAUUGUAUUUCUGAACUGAAUUUAGGUGAAGACAUUUUUUGAUUAUGUUCUUUUGCACUUCAAACACUGAAUGUAUGUAAUUAAAAAAAUCUGAUUUAA